AUGAGCGACGUCAAUAUCCUUUGGUCAUACGUAAAAACCAAGAAGAUUUUUUUCACAGUUGCUAGAUUUCCGGGCGUUGUUGGAGCCAUCGACGGCACACAUGUUCGGAUUAUCGCCCCACACGAGUAUGAAAAUGAAUAUGUAAACAGACACCACUUUCACAGCAUUAACACUCAGAUUGUGUUUGAUCCGAACUACAGAAUAAUUGAUGUUGUUGCUAAAUGGCCAGGCUCAACACACGAUUCUCGUAUUCUCAAUGAGAGUGGUCUCAAAGUGUUAUUUGAGCAAAAUCACCUACCUCUUCAUACUCACUUACUCGGGGACAGCGGUUACCCUUCCAAACGCUGGCUGUUAACGCCGUUUCUGAGACCAAAUCAGGGCUCCCAGACGAAUUACAACAGAGCCCACAAGAAAACCAGAAGUGUGGUGGAAAGAGGAAUAGGGCAGCUGAAGAGGCGCUUUCAUGUCCUACAUGGUGAGAUUCGUUUAUUACCAGAAAAGGCAUGUCAGGUUAUAUUAGCCUGUUCCAUUCUUCACAAUAUCUGCAAAGACCUCAAUAUUGCAUGCCCUCCACCAGAUGAUGAAGAUGGGGAGGAGGAGGAUCAUCGACAGAUUGUAAAUGCCAACAGCAACUGCAAUCAUGAUGGAACAAGAUACAGACAACUGUUUGCUGAGUCUCACUUUUGAAUCUGUA